CCGGCCGUCCCAUCGCAUCGCACGUACCGCCGCGUUGCACCGUUGGAGGGUGCCUGCCCGCAAAAGCAAGAAGCGGGCCCGCGCCCCGCGUCGCGUUGUUGAAGGCGAUCACGUAUUCGCCGCACCGCAGCCGUCGAACGAACGACCCAAUUGCAGGAUUACCGCUCGACGGGUUGCUCGCGACAACGGAUACCUCGUCAUCGCCUGGCAAGUUUGCAAGUUCUUCCGUGGGGCCUGGCGAUAAGUUCUGUCGCCUACAAAACUCUCUCCACUUCUGUCGUCUGCUUUGUUGUGCUGUGCGACCAGACGACGUGAUAAGUUGCGGCCCCGCCCGGCUUACGUGAAAAAGUGAUCGUACCCGCGACUUCUUUCGAAGCCACGGCUUGGAUGUGUGUUUGCGCGUAAAGAUCAACGCACCACCGUGCGCUUCCACCGAAACAUCCUCCUUUCGCCAGAUCAACUUUUUUUCCGCACCCCUCUCCUUCGGCGCGUCUCGCGGAAAACUGGUUGUGCCGCAGCGAGACGCGGCUCGAGGGCUUGUGUCGACGGUGGUUGCUUCGCUCGAGGUCGGUCUCUUCCGUUGUUUUGAGCAUCCAGGAUUUCUAACUCAAAGACCAUGGAGCACGACGCCACCGCGGUGUCGUCGUGCAGCUCUGUGCGACGUCUCGUUCUGGUGGCUGCCGCAUUGCUGCUGACGCAGUCCUGGCCCUCAGCUCGGGCCAUGGGCGCGGAGAGCCAGUGCGACCCCCCGGGCGUGUGGCAGACGGGCCAGGCGCUGGAUGAGACCGCCUCCAAGGCUUCCGGCGCCAACGUCAGCCUUAUCGAGCCGACCCGGUCCGGGAAGCUGCAGGAGUGCGUCGACCGCUGCUGCAAGAGAGAUGACUGCAGCGUCGCCACUGUCAAGGUCCAAGACAAAGGUACCGUUCUUUGUGCCCUGUUCAACUGCAACCCGCCGGAGAAAUGCAUCUUCAAGAAAUCCGCCAGGCUUCUUAGCCUGGACCGAACGGCAACCGCCUUCCUAAGGCGGGUCGUUGCCGGUUGGCCCAAGUACAGCAACGUCGAGGUGCACACCGGCAAUCUGACGUCCACCAAUGCCACAUCGAGUUCGACAUCGACGUCUUCACCGACUCCCGACACGACGUUACCGUUCGUCGCGGAAGUGACGACUGCCAACGUCACCACUCCAGCCUUCGGGUACAAGUCUACGACGACGGUCGCGUCGGCUCCGAAGCUCAACACGGAAGACAGCGAUGCCAACAGCCCCGCCGCGACGACGGAGAGCGUCACCGCAGCGUACGGUGUGAAUGCUUCCACGGCGUCCACGACGCGAGUGCCUCUAGGCCUUAGCGGUAUAUUAGACCUUCUGAACCACGUGGCCGAGUCUAGGACUCACUCCGAACUUCACGAACAGACAUCUUCAUCUACGGACAGUGCCAAUCAUGUUUCUGGGGCGUCGUUUUCCGUGACGUCAUCAACGACAGAAUCGUCUCCCCGAUCGUCCUCCACCACGCCCGCCAGCGACGACAUGUCACCACCAGCGUAUUCCGACAUGCCAGUAGCGUCUACAUCGACCGAAGGGACGACUAGCACCACCACGACGGUGUCGUCCGCUUUGGAGGCUUCCAUGAAGAAGAUCCUUCCCACGAACACCUUCGACGGCGACGCCUGGUGGUCCAGGCUGUCGGCCCCCAUGAAGGCCUCAAACCCAUCGACAAACGCGACCAGCGUCACUACCCUGAGCCCGAACGCGACCGAGAAGUCGACCGAUGUGGAGGCCAAGACCAACGACCUCAGGGGACCCAUCCAGAUCUUCGCGCCGACGACGUUGAACGUCGACCUGACGGCCGCCAAGGCGUCGCCCUCGAUAAGCCUUGUGAUAGGCCUGUGUCUCGGCCUGCUCCUAAUCUUCGUCGUUAUGGGCCUUAUCGGCCGAAGGAUUCUGGACGUGUGGCAGAGGAGGCACUAUUCCAAGAUGGACUUCCUCGUCGACGGCAUGUACCACGUGACGUGAGCCGCGGAUUCAUAGUUGGGAACUGUAGCGCGUUACGAACAAAGUUUCUUGUGCAAUGCGAGCGCUAGCUGAUGGUCGCCAACGUGCUAAAUCCCCUCGUGAAAGGGAUGAGUGGUCGACCUGGAUGUUGUUCUAGAAAGCCCUCGGAAACACCUGCUUCUUUUGUGCAAUGAGGUGACGUCCAUACUGCAUCUUUCUUUUUUUACGCGCAGGUGUACCUAUACAAUGUUUCUUGUUCUAAUUAAUAUAAACGGCGGUGUGCUGCCUAGUUUAUAAGUACUGACAUGACUGAUGCCGUGAAAGCUCCGUCAACACGUAUACGUUGAAAGCACAGAUACAUUGAAAGCACGUAUACGUUGAGAGGUGCAUUGUAGACUUCGCAGACAUGGGACCUAAGCGAAACAUGACAG